AGAUACUGUUAGUAGGCACCGUAGCUUUUGCUGCACUCCUUUAAAACUACCUCAGUCGAAUCACCCUGGUAGAGAGAGAGAUUUUUUCUCGCUCUUCAAUUUCAUCUCAGAAAAAAAAAAUUCACCCAAAAUUUCGAACCCUAAUUUUUCAAAACUUCAUCUUCAAGCUUCGUUCUUAUCUAUAUUCACUCAUCAGGAGUUUAGUUGUUGCCUCUGUGUGGGGCUACUUGUGUAAUGGCUUCUGUAUCGAGUCAGCCGCAGUUCCGUUACACACAACCACCAUCGAAGGUGCUUCAUUUGAGAAACUUGCCGUGGGAGUGCACCGAGGAAGAGCUAAUUGAAUUGGGGAAGCCUUUUGGUAAAGUUGUCAAUACAAAGUGCAAUGUUGGGGCUAACAAGAAUCAAGCGUUUAUCGAAUUUGCGGACCUUAAUCAAGCCAUUGCCAUGAUAUCCUACUAUGCUUCAUCAUCAGAACCCGCUCAAAUACGUGGAAAAACUGUUUACUUACAGUAUUCAAACAGACAAGAAAUUGUGAACAAUAAGACCACUGCUGACACAGCAGGAAAUGUGUUAUUAGUGACAAUUGAGGGUAAUGAAGCUCGUCAAGUCAGCAUUGAAGUUUUACACUUGGUAUUUUCGGCAUUUGGAUUUGUGCAUAAGAUUACCACUUUCGAAAAGACAGCUGGUUUUCAGGCAUUGAUUCAGUUUUCUGACACAGAAACUGCAUCUUCUGCAAAGAAUGCUCUUGAUGGAAGAAGCAUCCCCAGGUACCUACUUCCAGAUCAUGUGGGCCCCUGCACUCUCAGGAUAACUUAUUCUGCACAUACUGAUCUAAGUGUCAAAUUUCAGAGCCACCGUAGCAGGGACUACACUAAUCCGUACCUUCCGGUUGCCCCAUCUGCUAUAGAUGCAACUGGUCAGAUAAGUGUGGGUGUAGAUGGAAAAAAGUUGGAGCCUGAGAGUAAUGUGCUACUGGCGUCAAUUGAAAAUAUGCAGUAUGCUGUCACAUUAGAUGUCCUGCAAACGGUCUUUUCUGCAUUUGGCGUUGUGCAAAAGAUUGCUAUGUUCGACAAAAAUGGAGGGCUGCAGGCUUUGAUUCAGUAUCCUGAUGUUCAGACAGCUGUUGUUGCAAAAGAAGCACUUGAAGGACAUUGCAUAUAUGAUGGAGGGUUUUGCAAGCUCCACCUAUCAUAUUCACGCCACACUGAUUUAAGCAUCAAGGUAAACAAUGACAGAAGCAGGGACUACACAAUUCCUAUUCAUGCCGUCAUCCAACCAUCCUCAAUUCUCGGGCAACAGCCAACAGGGCCAAUGCCAGGACCUGGCGCUCCCCCUCCUUAUAAUGGCGGACAAUAUCCCGGACCUCCUUCCUCAGGAGGCUGGGGAGCAGCACCUCAAGGUCCUCACCAUAUGCAGAUGCCAAUGCAAAAUUACCAGUACAUGCCACCUGGUGCAGCGCCUCCUGGUCCUCCUGGCACCAUGCCACCAGGUUCUGCGCCACCAGGCUCAAUGCAACCCGGAUCAAUGCAUAUGCAGAAUCCAAAUGGUUUGCCCCAGCCACCUGCAAUGCACCCAUACAGCCAAUGACAGAUGAUUUGUCUCCAAGACUGACCUCACUUGGUUCCAUUGAGGUUUUUGCCUUAACUGGGUUUGUGAAUUUGGGAAAAAAGAGUUCCAACUUGCCCAUCUCAAUUCUUGAUGUCAGUUAGAAUCCGUAUACUUAAAAAGUUUUGAUUGUUUAGGCUGUGUACCAAAUAACUACUGGGAAUUUUAAGUUUCUUCUAUAUGCUGUUCUGGUAUACGAAAUCCUACAUAUUUUGUUUCC